AUGGCAAUUGCACUCCCCGAGCACGAGGGAGAGAAAACAAAAAACAAAGCACUACCAUGGGCGAUGCCUAGAAUCUUGAUCGAUGGCAGCAGUUCUGUGGAAAUCUUAUUCUAUGAAACAUUUAAACAAAUUGGUCUCAAAGACGAAUGUCUUGUACCCUCCGCUUACAACAUAUUUGGCUUCAACGGGUCAUCAACCCGCCCAAAGGGUGAGGGAACGUUAGAAAUUCGGGUGGGAAAGAUCCUCACCCUAACCACCUUAUGCGUGGUAUAUGUACUAUCACCUUACACAUCCAUUGUGGGACGAACAUGGGUCCAUGGAAUUAAAGGAGCAGCCUCGACCUAUCACCAAAGGCUAAAAUUCCCCACACAUGAGGGAGUGACAGCAAUCAUUGGAGGUCUUGGCGAAGCAAAAUACUGCUACGAGACAGAAGUUUAA